AUGCAUAAUGGUAAACUGGCUUGCUCCUACAACGAAUUGAUGCAACACUUAUUGAACACAAUAGAUUGUUUAAGCAAACACCAGCAACAACUGCUGCUGUGGCAGCAGCAAAAGUCAAGUGGACAUUUCUACUUUAUGUUUGCCUUUGUAUGUUUGCUUUUAAUCGGGGCUGCAUCCGUAACGGCUAAACCAAAACCUGGAGGUGGUGGCGGCGGAGGUGGUUGGUCUUCCGGUGGUGGUGGAGGAGGAGGAAGCGGUGGCGGUGGUGAUGUUCAAAUUAUUAAAAUUAUAACCGAAGAUGGUGGUGGUGGAGGAGGAGGAGGAGGUGGCUGGUCUUCUGGUGGUGGAGGAGGCGGCGGUGGUGGCUGGUCAUCUGGGGGUGGAGGAGGAGGUGGCGGCGGAGGCGGUGGAGAUAUUAAAAUUGUAAAAAUUAUUAGCCUAGGAAGCGGAGGAGGUGGUGGUGGUGGAGGUCAUGGAGGCGGCGGCGGUGGUGGUUGGUCAUCUGGCGGAGGAGGAGGCGGUGGCGGCUGGUCUUCAGGAGGUGGUGGAGGAGGAGGCGGUGGUGGUUCCACCAAAAUCAUUAAGAUCAUUAAAUUAGGAGGUGGUGGAGGAGGAGGCGGUGGCGGUCACGGAGGCGGCGGUGGUGGCGGUUGGUCUUCCGGUGGAGGCGGAGGAGGUGGUGGUGGCUGGCAACCAUCCGGUGGUUGGGCUUAAUAGAGUUCAAAAACUGUUCUUUAUUUUUUUUUUAAUUGUUUUAUUGUUAAAUAUUGUAUAUGUAAAUAAUUGUAAAUAACAAAAACUGUUUUGGUUGUGUAAAUAUUGUUUUUAUUGAUUGUAAAUAAAAAUAUGAGAUUAUUUUUUGUAAA